GCAGGGGUAUAAAGGCCUGACUGACAUGUUUGCUUUGUUGAGUUGGGGAGAGUCUUCACUCACAGAGGGAUUGUAGCUGCUGGCAUUUGUGGGAAGAGCAAAAGAGAGAAGGUCAUACGGAUGUUGAUCAUGAAGGGCCACAAUCAAGAAACACUUGUGAGUCAUCAACAACACCUUCAAAGGCAAAGAGAUGUGCUCGCCUACAGAAUGAAAAAACUUGGAGCCAAACAGGUGGACCUUACAAAAAAAAACAAUGAGCUGAAGGAGAAGAUCAAGAAGAAGUAUGAAGACAUGAAGAGGGUUUUGGAUGAGGACCUGAGGAUCACUCUGACCCAGCUGGACAUGGAGUUUGAGGCGACCGAGCGCACCAUCGAGGCGAAGAUGGAGCGCUGCUAUCACUUAACCCAGGAACUGGACCAGGACCUAUCCCAGCUCACCGCCCAGGUGGAGAAAGACAAACAGCAUGUCUACGACAAGAAUGCAGAAACGGAGAAAAGGAUUUCGGAGACACUGAAGACGACAGAUCCUGACCUGAUUCAAGUGGAUGAGUUUAAGAAUGAGCAGCUCCUGAGUCUGACCAUCAACCUGCUGCUCUUCAUCCGCUCUCAGGUCCCUGUGACCAAGAAACUCUUCCAGAGCUAUGCCUCAGAAGUUGUCCUUGACUCGGAUACUGCCCACCCUAAACUGAUCAUCUCCCCUGAGGGAGACUUGGCCACGUACACACAAACCUGGCAAGACCUCCCAGAGACCCCCUCCCGUUUUGACACCACCCUGUAUGCCAUCAGCCGGCAAGGCUUCCGCGAGGGCCGCCACUACUGGGAGGUACAGGUGAGCGGUAAGACUUACUGGGAACUCGGUCUGACGUAUCCCAGCAUCCCGCGCAAAGGCCGCGAAGAGGACUGCUGGCUGGGCCGUGGGGCCGAGUCCUGGAGCGUGGAAUUUUUCAAUGGAGACUACACGGCCUGGCACGAUAAGGUGUGCCACGAGCUCAACCACGUCGCCGGCCAGCGUUUCACACGGAUCGGGGUGUACUGCAGCUUCCCCGGGGGGCUGGUGUGCUUCCUGGGGGCUGACAGCAUGACCCCCCUGCACUGUUUCUGUGCUGGCACCUUCACUGACGUCCUCCACCAGGCAGUGUGCCCAGGCCACGACAACCAGGGGACUAACUGGAAGCCUCUGCAGAUCCUCGAUGCCUCCCGGUCGGCCCCUGUCCUCUGAACCCGGGAGAGAUGCUAGUAGUGCAUGCCACAAACAACGCUAGGUUACCUGUUCUGAAUCGUGCUUUUGUGCUUUUCCAUGCUUUAAAAUCCAACUGUUGACUGAUA